GGCCGGGACAGGGGGCUCAUAGGUCAGGUACAUAUCCUUCCAGGAUGUUUCCUAGAGCCCAGCACCUACGCAUUUGACUACCAGGCCGUUUCUCGGGGGGUGGCGGGGUGGGCUACAUGCCCAGAGCCUGGGCCCUCCUGUCCCCAGGCCCAGUGUGUGGGUGCCCCACCCCCUAGGCUGGGCUGCCUGCCCCCUGCCCUCCCUCUGCAAAGGGGCCCCUGUAAUCACCCCUCAGUCAUUCUGAUCUGGGUGCUCUGGCUGCCUGCCCCACCACCCCCUUGUCUGGCCUCACUCUGACUGGCCGCGACCCCUGCACCUUCGUGACGAUAGGGCCCCUUGGCCCUGCUCUUGCUCCACGCUUUGGGUUUAGGGACGUGGGGAACAGUGCGGGGGUGGCGGGCCUGGGCUUUGCACUCGGUGUUCUGCAAGAACGCUGUGCCCCUGACCUUCGGGACUAAGAAAAGGUUAAGCUCCCUGUGUGGGAUGGAACAUUCUGCCCUCCACCUGGUGGCAGGAAAGCUAUUGGGGUAGGGCUCGGCCGGGGAGACACCUCAGGCCCCUGGCCACCGCCACUGGCAUGGGGCACUGGGAAGGGGUCCCAAAGAGGGGUGGAGCUGGGGCUCUCAGGACUCAGGAAGCAAGGUGCAGAGACAUCCCUGGGAGCUAGUGGGCCCAGCAAGCACCCCCAGCCCCUCCAUUUUCUGCCCGUCUCCCUUCCCGGGGUGAGACCCAGAUGCCCCCAUCUUUGGUGGGCAGGAUCUCAAGAGGGCCCUGCCCCUGCCCAGUCCACCUCCAAGCCCUCCUCCGGGCCCACCUCUUCUGCCAGUUCUGAGGAGGAAGGUGAAAGGGGCACACCCCUGGGGAGGGACACCUGCAGGUGGGCCCAUAAAGCGGGGAGUAUCUGAGUCAGCAGUGACAUGGCCACUUGCUUUCUCUCCGUCCCUACUGGGAUGGGGCCUUGCUGUGCCCUGUGGGUGGUGCUCACCCUGCUGAAAGGCCUGAAGGGCCAGACCCCAAACACCCCGCCAGGCAUUACCUCCGUGUUACAGAGCUUCCAAGAAGACCAGUUCCAGGGGGAAUGGUUUGUUGUCGGCUUAGCGGGCAGCACCCACAGGAAGACGGACAGGUUCCUGUUGAACCCAUUCAUUGCAACGUUCGAGCAAAAUGAAAACAGUCGCCUUGAAGUGUCAUAUGCCAUGACCCGGGGCCACCACUGCGUCACCUGGUCUUAUGUGCUGGUUCCGGCGGCGUGGCCUGGGAGAUUCUGGGUGGACAGCAGAGAGGAGCCCGAGGAGGUCCAGGUGUACGACACGGACUACAGCAAGUUCGCGCUGAUGCUCUUCCGAAGACAGUCAGGUGGCCAGAGUAUUCUCAGGGUCAACCUGCUAUGCAGGAUGUGGAUGAUCCAGACCCAGGUGCUGGACAAAUUUGUCUGCCUGGUCAGAGCUCUGGGCCUGUCGGAUAACAACAUCGUCUUCCCAGACCUGACAGGUAACGGGCCCCCAGGCCGUGGCAGGGGCCUGCACCCAGCACGGGGCCCGCCCAUGGGCCUCGAAAGCCCUAUGGGAGCCCGCAGGGGAACGUGGCCUGCAUGCAGGGUCUACCUGUGGGGUCCUGGCAACCCCAGAGGGUUCAGCCUGAGCCCAAAGGGUGGAUCCUCAUAACUCCUUGGUCUCUGCCCCCACCUGGUCCCCCCCGUCCCGGGCCACCUCCUGCCCCCACCCGGGUCCCCCCAUCCCGGGCCACCUCCUGCCCCCACCCGGGUCCCCCCGUCCCGGGCCACCUCCUGCCCCCACCCGGGUCCCCCCGUCCCGGGCCACCUCCUGCCCCCACCUGGGUUCCCCCCGUCCUGGGCCACCUCCUCUCAUUCCAGGAACAUUUCCCAUGUCUGGCUCUUUACACAUGUAUGACCACAUGUACGCAUGGCGGCGUCCAUAAACCAUGUGCACACAUGCGGACACGCAGCGCUCGUGCGGGCACACGCCCCCGCUUACACAGCCGUGCAUGCACAUGUGUGCCCCCAGGGAGAAGCAUUCACAAGCAUGAGCACAGGAGUGCUUGGCUGCGCAUGUGCACCGAGUCUGGGGGCCGGGUGGGGGCAGGGCAGCGCCCUGGAGAGCGUGUCCCUCAGUCCCUGGCUGGCCUCCCGGGCCCCAGCACCUUCCCCGCCCACUAUACCUCGCUGCAGGACCCCUUCUCCCUCCGUCCCCUACCCCUCUCCCCUCCCUGGAGCUCUCAUGCCUCUGGCCUCCUCCCCGGCUCUAUCCCCAUUCUCUGCUCCGGCCUCCAUCUGAGACUGUCUCCCCCAUCAGAUCGGUCACCCCAUCUGGGUACCUGCUGAAGAUGAACGCAGCUCCUCCCCAGCCAAGGCCUCUGCUCUAAGCAUGGAAUAAAUCCUGUGUCGGGAUCCAGGAGUAGGAGCCAUCAUGACCUUGGGGUGGUAGGGGAGGCACGAAGUGGGGGAGGACCCUCUGCACACACUCAUGCCCACCCCCAGCCCUCCAGGCCUGUGCUCACCCUCCGGCCUCCCGGGGUGUGUCUGUGAGUGUGUGUGGGGGUGUUUGCAGGUCCUUGUGGGUCCCAGGACAAGACCCCUCCCUCCUGCCCACUCAGCCCCCAGCUCCACCUCCCCACCCCCCAGAGCCCUGGAGCUGCCAUGGGGGUGCAGCUGGGGCCCCAGAACAGGAGCAGGCCUAGAUGCAGAUGCCCCAGCCUGGAGGGCAGGGUAGGGGGAGACAGGUUUGGCUUCCUGCCGUGUGGGGGGGUGGUGGGGGACAAGCUUCCGAGGCCUGACCCCCACUGGGUUUAGGGACUCUUCAGGUACGGAGAGCCACAACCUGGGAUCCCAGCCGUCUGCACACCUCCUUGUGCAGGGCAGCUGCCCUGCCCCAGACAGGACCCGUCUCCCCCCAUCCUGGCCCUCAGGGAUCUCCAAGCCCAGGGCCUGCCGGGAAGCUGGCCCCACCAGAGAUCAAAGAACAGCUAGAGAGACCUCUUGCUGUGUGCCAGAUUGCAUUUCUUUGGCCUGAGUGGACCCCCCCAAUCUGGGCCUGUCCCUCCCUCAGGGCCCUGGGCCCCCCAGUCUGGGCCUGUCCCUCCCUCGGGACCCUGGGCCCCCCCAAUCUGGGCCUGUUCCUCCCUCAGGGCAGGGUCAGCAGAAGGGGAUGAAAGCAGGUGGGCUGUCCAUGGCUCGGGGGAGCCAUUUGUCCCUCUGGCACUCACCUGGCCUGUCAGCUUCAGCCCUGGGUGGUGGGAGGGGCCCUUCCCCAAAGACUCCCCAUGGCCUGGGUCAUGCAUUCGUCACAGCCUUGCCCACCAAAGUCACACAAAGCCCUGUACUGUGACAGUGACAUCGAUGGGCCGCCUCAGGCUUCCCCUGGUCCUGGGAGCACAAAGCUGCAUCCCAGGAGAGCCUUCCAGGCCGCAGAUGGUGGUGAGCUGCAUCUACCCGGGGCCGCAGAGAUCUGGGGAUCUGGGGAUCAGGUAGCAAGCUGCCCUAGCGCCCUGGUGGAGAGGCUCCUUUGGCCCUUCUCCAGCCAUAGCCCUUCCCGCCGGUGUCCCUUGUCACGGCGCACCUUUGCUGGCCCCACGGGGCAGGUGCUCCACCUGAGCCCAGCUGCAUGCAGAGAGCUGACCAAGGAUGGCUGGGGCGGGCUGGGCCGGGGCCUCAGGCCCUGAGGGGAAGGAGCCAGGGCUGGGCGGAGAGGAACAGGCAGGGAAACUGAGCCCCCUGCACGUGACCCUAGCCUCCACUUCCACGAAAGGACAGAAGCUGCCUUGUUUACUAGUCUAAAGGGCAGGUCGUGAUUUUGAGCGACUCAGGACCUCCAGGAAUUCUCUCGGCCCUGCCUGGGGACCCGAGUCCCUGGGGUGUCCCCAUUCCUCAGUGACACGCAGGACUCAGGACCCUGGAGGAUGCCCGCGGCCACCCCCGGCCUUGUCCAGGCCCUGUCCCCCUCCUGAGGGGCUGGGGGUCCCAGCAGGCCCCGCGGCUGGACAUAGCUCUCUGCAGGGUCAGUGCCACUGCCCGGCUCAGCGUUGCCACGGCUGCCCACUGGCUGGCGGCCCAGGAUACCCCUUGCCGCCCCACCGGCCCCCCGCAGCUUCUCCCUGAGCCUGGUGAGAGCAGGUGUGCCGUCCGUCUGGACGUCCGUCCCCAUGUUCGGGCGGCACGGUUACUGGCCUGUCCCUAGGAAUGGUCAGUGCCGCAGGAACCUCCCCGUUCGGGCCUAGACAAGCAGAAACCCUAUAAAAUGGAGAAGCCUUGGACCCUGGAGCCCAGGGCACAAGUGGGUCCAGCUGAGCCUUGGACAUUCUCCAGCUGCCCCGGGUCCCCUGCCUCGUCGGGCCCCCGGGCAGGCGCUGGCACCUGAUGUCAGAAGACCACCUCCAAGGUCGUGCCCCGCUUGUGUCCCAACCGUCCUGGAGGCUCAGUCUGCCAUUCCUCUCACCCAGGCCCCCCCUGCAGGUCAGGGAGGGCCACAGCCCUGUGACAGGCAGAGUAGGCAUGGGUGAGGGCCACGGAUUGGUCCCCCCCCCGCCGAGGCAGGAUUCUAACGCAGUUCGUCGGGGCCGGGUGGACAUCCUUGAGUCCAGCCUGAGCCGUGGCUGUGGUGUUUGAGGGGACACCCUGUCCGGGACCUUGUAGGCCAGUAUCGCUCUGUUUGCAACCCAGCUGCUGUGGUGCUGAGGGCAGCAAGAUGGACAGGACAGGACUGUGUCUGGGUGGACUGAGACACCAGCCUGCUUCAGGGGAGCCCUCCCCAGCCUCUGGGGGUCCAUUCCAGGGAGAGUGGCCCCCUGGGAGGGACGGCCGGCAAGGCCAAGGGACCUUUGGGGCCCCAUGUCUGCACCUGAGUCGGCUGGGGGCUUGACCGUGUGUGGUGGGGACGAGCCAGGGCAGCAGGGGCAGGAGGGACAGCUGGAGAGCUCCAGGAUAGAGCAGCUCUGGGCUCAGGCCACCGUGGGACCAGCCUGGGCAAGGGAGAGGCCGGGCGCCCACGGGGCCACCAGAGGCGAGCUGGGUCCCUUUGUCUGACGACAGGUGCUCUUGCCCCACCUGUUGGACUAAUUUCCUUAUUACAUCAUUUUCUCUCUUAAUUAACUUGUAAAUAUUACUUUGCUGAGUUUUUAAAAACGUCUUUAAAGGGGUGCCUGGGUGGCUCAGUGGUUAAGCAUCUGCCUUCGGCUCAGGUCAUCGUCCUGGGGUCCCGGGAUCGAGCCCCGCAUCGGGCUCCCUGCUCGGCGGGAAGCCUGCUUCUCCCUCUCCCGCUCCCCCUGCUUCUCCCCCUCCCACUCCCCCUGCUUUUCCCUCUCCCACUCCCCCUGCUUCUCCUUCUCCCGCUCCCCCUGCUUGUGUUCCCUCUCUCGCUGUGUCUCUGUCACAUAAAUAAAUAAAAUCUUAAAAAAAAAAAAAAAAA